UAUACACAACAGGUGCGUGUGGGAGAGAAGCGACACAGUUGCCUGAGAGCAAGCACUGAGUACGAGACCAGUGGGACCUGGCUAUACCUCCGGAGAGAGCCCACAGCGGAGGCCUGGACACCUCUGACCUCACUUCGGAGUUCCACUGACGCCACAAGUACCGUAGGUUGCCAUGUCACAGGAAGGGACAAAGGAGGACAGCACCCUGGAGCCUGGGGAAGAGAUGUCCGAGGAAAGCUUCCUCAAGGACCUCUAUCUCUACAUGAAGAACAGAGACACGCCCAUUGAGAGAAUACCUCACCUGGGCUUUAAGCAGAUUGAUCUGUUCGUGAUGUUCAAGACUGUGCAGAGCCUGGGAGGCUACAACCAGGUGACGGCCCACCAGCUGUGGAAGCAGGUGUACAACAAGCUGGGAGGAAACCCUCGCAGCACCAGCGCUGCCACCUGUACCCGUCGGCACUACGAAAAGCUCAUUCUGCCCUAUGAGCGCUAUCUGAGGGGAGAAGAGGAUAAAGAGCUGGCUCCUCCCCGCCAGCAGAAACGCCCACGCUACACCAGCUUCCCCCAUGAGGAAGAAGAGGGUAUGCGGGGUGGAAAACGGAGUGCAGGCUACGGACACAUGCACACCUCACACCAGAGCACACAUGACCUCUUGGCAGACAGGGUCAGGAUUGUCCCGAUGCCCAUGCAUUUCCGGCAGUAUUUCCAUCCUGGCUCAGUGUUGCCGGCUUAUCUCCCACUCUCUGCCGCGGUGCCAUCACCCCACCUGCACCCCGACCCCCGCGCCCUGUACCCACCCUCCCCCCAGGAGUUCAGCGAGAGGCCCAUUCAGCAGCUGGGGCUGCUGCGGGAGCUGGCCAAUGAGUAUGUCUCCUCCUCAGGCUGGGCGGAGCCACUGAACCUCAGCCGCAAAGCUGGGGGAAUGGGCUUGGUGAGCCAGCAGCCGUCCUCCUUCAGCCCUCCUGGCAACAACAAGACGCCCAAGUUCCUCAACAAGGUCGUCCCCCUCUACCCAACCUCCGGCCUGACCAAAGAGGAGGAGCUGGGGGAGCCUGGCAACGAAGCUGCCGCCCCCGCCAAGCACAGCCCCACCCGUCCGGUCAGUCCCCUCCCCAUGCAGGAGAAACAGGUCAUCGACCUCACCUCCUCCUCCACCUCCUCACGCAGGGCCUCGCCAAUCACAGAGGCUGCCGUCAAGACGGAGGCCUUCGGUCCCUUACCUGUCGGACGUCACAGUUCCGCUAGUACAGACACCGCAGCUGCCAAGACUCCAGAGCCCAAGGAGGAGGGUGAGCCCCCCAAACCCAGCCAUACCCCUCUCAAUCUCAGCCAAAACCUGCUGAGCCCCCGCAAGGGCUCUACAGGCAGGAUGGAGAUCCAGAUCCCUCUGUCGGUGCUGCAAGAUCUGCUCAAGGGCAACUUUGGGUCGGUCCCCCAGCACCAGCCCGGUGCCACAGUGCUGCAGUCCAGCGAGGGGGAAGCCAGAUCCCGGCAGCGGGUGGAUCCAGACGUGCUGCCCGCGGGGGAUAACUCCUCGGAUCUAAGCUCGGACAGCUGGGGGAACGCGGGGCAAAGGGGUGGCGGCCUGGACAGAGACUGGAGCAUGGCCAGCUCCUUCGCCAGGGAGAGUUACCCCACUCUCAGAGAUCACUACACAACCAACGGCCAUCAUCAACACGGGGGCUCACCCAGAGCCAAGGCGGAGGAGUGGGAGCCUGGGUCAGACUGCAGGGGCAACCUCAGGCCGCGCCAUCUGGAGGAGCUCCCAAAGAGUCCUACUGGCAGCAACCACUACCGCUGGAUGUACGUCCAGCGCAAGGAUAUGGAAGCCCGGAAGCCAGUCAGCAUGGGAGGGGUGCCGGAGGCCCAUGCGCGCACGCACCCGGACCUCCGCGAACACAACCCGGGAAGCGCCGGCACUCUGCCGCUGGCGUACAGUCCUGAGGUAUCCCACAGACCUCAGCUGCCCGUGUCUGGACCCCCCACCAUCCUCAUGGUCAACCCCCACACCCCCUCCCUGUACCCCCUAACCCAGGAAGAGUAUCUGAAACUGAGACGGCUCAUCUCCAGUUCCCCGUGAGGAUGGCGGGGGGAUCUGCUCCCUCUCCAGAAGCACUGUCAUGCUGUAAAGAAAGGGGCGAAACCUUCCCACCGAAAAAAGCAAAAGCAAAAGCAAAAUCUGCUGAUCUGCUGAUCAGACUUUACUGACCAAGGGAUCCAGCCAUCGAAAUUGUAGCACUGCUGUCCACUGUUUUCUGCCAAAUGAAGGCACUUACUUUUUCAUCUGUUACAGAUGUAGCAAAAGAUUUUAGGUGAUUAAAUGUUUACAUCUCAUACGUUGAUUUCCUACUGUGCAUUAGUGUAAAUCAAAAACCAAGCCUUUUAAGCUAAGUUCUUUUAGAGGGGUUACUCCAUGAAGUCUUAUUUCAUUCAUUAUGGGUUUAGUUUUGUGUGGUCACCUUACCUUAUCAGAACUUUUUUUGACAGCUUGUUUAGUAACUGUAAUGAAAACAUAAUACACUAUAUAUGCUCAACUAUCUUACAAAGAGCUGAGCAUAGACAGAAAUAAGGCAUAUGACUUUCAGGUCAUGUUGAUACACAAGUUUUAAUUUAAUCCAAAG